ACUUCAUUCCUAUUUACAAGUCAGUGUCCAACACAGUCUCCACCAUUACCAAAAUUCCAUAUUUUCAGUUUCACAGAAAAUUAACGACACAUUAUUUGGUCAAACUAUGCAUAACAGUACAUCAUCUUCUUCAUUAGGCCCAGAUGGUCUUGACCUAAGCCAAGUUUUCUUCAAAUCAAUCUCUAAUACUCAUCCACCAUCGCCGACGAACCACCACACUAAGAUCUCCGUCAUCGGCGUCGGCAAUGUUGGAAUGGCUAUUGCACAAACAAUCCUUACUCAGGAUCUCAUCGACGAGCUAGCACUCAUCGAUGCGAAGCCUGAUAAGUUACGCGGCGAGAUGCUGGAUCUCAAGCAUGCCGCCGCGUUCCUUCCCAGAACUAAAAUCGUUGCUUCGAUUGACUAUUCGGUUACGGCUGGGUCGGAUCUGUGUAUUGUCACGGCGGGUGCUCGGCAGAACCCGGGGGAGAGUAGGUUGAAUUUGUUGCAGAGGAAUUUGGCGAUGUAUAGAGGUAUUGUGCCGGAGCUUGUGAAGUACUCGCCGGAGUGUAUAUUGUUGAUUGUGUCGAAUCCUGUGGAUGUUUUGACCUAUGUUGCUUGGAAGUUGUCCGGGUUUCCGGCGAAUCGGGUUAUCGGGUCGGGUACGAACUUGGAUUCGUCCAGGUUUCGGUUUUUGAUUGCUGAUCACCUUGAUGUUAAUGCCCAGGAUGUACAGGCGUACAUUGUUGGGGAGCAUGGUGACAGCUCUGUGGCACUGUGGUCCAGUAUUAGCGUUGGAGGUGUUCCGGUUCUUAGCUUUCUGGAGAAGCAAGAAAUUGCUAUCGAAAAGGCGACAUUGGAAAACAUCCAUAAACAAGUUGUACAGAGUGCAUAUGAAGUGAUCAAUCUCAAAGGCUACACGUCGUGGGCAAUCGGGUACUCUGUGGCUAACUUGGCUUUUUCAAUCAUUCGAGACCAGAGAAGGAUUCACCCCGUCUCAGUCCUCGCGAAAGGGUUCUAUGGUAUUGAUGGCGGCGAUGUUUUCUUGAGCUUACCUUCACAACUUGGUAGAAGUGGGGUUUUGGGUGUGACUAAUGUGCAUCUUACUGAUGAGGAAAUUCAGCAACUUAGGAACUCUGCUAAGACUAUCUUAGAAGUGCAAAACCAGUUGGGAAUUUGACUUGGUUAAAGUUAAUAACUUUCCCUUCUAUGUUACUUGAAUUCUUCAAACAUGUUGCUUGGUGUGUGUUGGAUCCUCCUAAAGUAGUGCAUUUUUGGAGAGUCCGAGCGACUAGCUUCCCUUUAUUACCACUACUUAGUAGUAUUGUUUUUUAAUCAUCCAGAUUUUUGAUUCUUCUUUUCUUGCAAGAUCUUAUCUUAUGAGGAAAAAAAUGAGAUAACUUGUGUUAGAGCAGUUGGUACUUGGCGUGUUGGCUGCCUACUUAUGCUGUGUUGUAAUGUCAAGUUUGAUGCCAGCUCUUAUUAAAAUGUUUUGGCCCUUUUACUUGA